AUGUUCUCUCGAUCAUUUGUAGUCUUUGCAGGUUUGUUAUGCUGUUGUCUUUCUAAAUCAGUCGCCCAAGUAGCCACGGGCAGUCCUCGUCCGGGUCUAUUUCAUUUAGAUUCGUCGGUAGUGGAUCUAUCGGGUGAUGAUUUUUCUCGUGUUCAUCGUGUUGCGCCUCUCUGUCCUUGGAUUGUUCUUUUUUAUAACGAUGGCUGCGGCGCUUGCCGACGGUACGCUUCAACUUUCUCCAAAUUUGCUGGAGGGUUGAAGGUGGAGCAUGGAAAGGAUGCACUUCAGAUCGCCACAGCAGCUGCUGUGAAUUGCGCUAGUGAAGUGGAUCUGUGCCGUAAGUAUGACAUCAACUUUGUUCCACGAUUAUUUUUCUUUUACCCACGUGACUCAUGCAGGAGCAACGAGGAGUGCGGCACCUCCUCAUUAGAGCAUGUUGCAUUUGAAAACAGUCACUUGGAAGUUGAUGAACUGGAGUCGGAAGUGCGACGGCUAGUUAACAAACACAUGGUGGUAGAUGAUUCCUUAAAGGAGCGAUGCAUAGACAUGCAUUUCAAACUUUAUACAUCCAAAGAGGAGUUGGUGAAGCGUUCUGUUUCUUCUACGGAUGAAUCAGGGAGGUUUGUUGAGACAACAGAACUAUAUGCCACAGAUAUUGCCGGCGCUUUCUUCUCCGCAAUGCACUAUGAUGUUUCUCUGGUAGGUACGGAACCACGCGAGCGGCUAACUGCACUUGAAGAUUUUGUGUUGCUUGUGAAAGACUCGCUUCCUUCUAUAGGGGCUGACGGUGUUGUUAGCGCCCUUGAAUCUAUUACCGCGGAAAGACCAUUCACAGUCGCAUCAUGGCAAGAUGCUGUGGUGAAGUCCGGUAUUCCGUUUGAUGGCUCGCCACGUAACGUCCGGUGGCGGACAUGCCGGGGUUCAUCUCCGCAGUACCGCGGUUUCCCAUGUGGGAUGUGGCUCCUUUUGCACGCACUAACAGUAAACACACCGGCGGAUAGGAAUGUCCUUGAGGUGAUACAGAAUUAUAUACGUUAUUUCUUCUCGUGCAAGGAGUGUCGGGACCACUUCAUCCAGUUUAACUUCAGCCCCAACGAAGACCCUGUACUGCAACUGUGGCGUGCGCACAAUAAUGUGAAUGCGCGACUGGCCAACGUAAAGGAUGGUGCGGACCCGCUAGUACCGAAGCGACAGUUUCCCACACUGGAGGCGUGCACCGAGUGCUAUGAUGGUGCCGGAAAUUUUAUUGAGGCACAUGUGACGGGUUUUCUGAAGCAAAGGUACCUAUGGGAUCCCAAAGCAGUGGGGCUCAUGGAAAGCAACGAUGAUUUGAAUGAAGUCGACCCUGCGUCGAAGGAUGCAAAUGUUGGGCGGAAUGUGGAGAGCAGCGGUAAGGGAAAAGGGGACGGAGGUGCGCGCGGCAACUCGAAGGAGGUCCGAUCAGAUCACGCUGGGGGAAAGGGGAAAGGCUAUUCAGUGUUACUUUUUAGUAAUGUUUUCAUCAUUUUAUUGUUUGUAUGUUUGGGGUCUUUCGACUACAUGAAAAGGCUUAGGGUGAGGAAGAGGCGGGACCGUUACUAG